AUGGCUAUCGAAGUAUCUUUCGCCUCCCUUUCUGGGGCAGCGGCAUUGAUUGCACUCCUGAUAUCAAAGAACUCCUCGUGGAGCACUCUAUACUCACUUCAAAUUGUUUUUGGAGUCUUCAUACCGACAUAUGUCUUUUAUCUCAGUUACAUCUUCCCAUUCUAUAUUUCCGAGCUGCGACAUGUUCCUACCGUCCCUGGCUUCCCUCUCUGGGGCCAAUUCUUUGAGAUUAUCAGCACUGAGAUUGGUGUCAGCCAGCGUGAAUGGCAUCAAACCCACGGCCCAAUUAUUAGAUACUUCUUUCCCUUUGGAGCUGAACGUCUUUCAGUGGUAGAUGACGAUGCAAUCAAGCAGAUGACAACCAGAAAUCCAUACAACUAUCCCAAGCCAGUGCGCGCGAAGUUGUGGAUGGUCAGAAUUCUUGGAGAAGGUGUCCUUCUUGCUGAGGGAGAUGAGCACAUUCAUCAACGAAAGUCCUUAACACCAGGUUUCUCUAUCCAAUCGAUUCGAGCUCUCUACCCAGUAUUUUGGCAGAAAUCAUUGCUUCUCACCAAACUGUGGAAGGAAGAAAUGGACGCUGACUCGGUAAAAAGUAAGCCUUUUGAGGUUUUGGAAUGGUUGAACCGCACUACACUUGACAUCAUUGGUGCCGCUGGCUUUGGUGUUGAUAUCAACUCUCUCGAGAAUCCCGAAGCUGAAAUUCGUGAGGCCUACCGACUUGUCUUUGCUUUCGACAUUGGAUCCCGUAUCUUGCACGGUCUUCAAGCCUUUAUUCCAUCCACUAAGUACAUUCCCGCUAAGAUGAACCGUGAUAUGGAGAGUUCGCGAAAGAUUAUUCUCAGGACUGCAACAGAUAUCAUUGACGAGAAGCAAGAACAAGCUGCUCAGAGAACUAAUCAUAAGGACAUCAUCGCAUUGAUUGCCAAGGACAACCUGAAAAUGAAGGAAGCUGGUGAAGAAGGUUUAUCUUUCGAGACUAUGCGUGAUCAAAUCAUGACUUUCCUUGGAGCCGGCCACGACACAACAGCAACAGGUUUAGCAUGGACAAUUCAUCUUCUCUCAACUCAUCCGGAAAUUCAAGAGAAACUCAGAGCCGAGAUCCGCGAGCACAUGCCUUUCCUAUUCGAUCAAAAAUCCCGUUAUGAAGGAAGCGUCGAAAAGACUGAUGCUGAUCUUCUACCAUACCUCGACAAUGUCUGCCGUGAAUCUCUCCGUUUCAUUCCACCCAUUCCAAUGACAGUCCGACAAUCUCUCAAAGACGAUAAAUUGGGUCCAUACACAGUUCCAGGCGGUACGGUCAUCUAUAUUCUCGCAAACACUGUUAACCAUCUUCCUAUGUACUGGGGUCCCACAGCCAACGUUUUUGACCCUGAUCGUUGGAACAAAUUGCCUGCUACGUUCACGGCCAAUGCUUUCAUGACUUUCUUGCAAGGCCCUAGAGGAUGUAUUGGACGCAAAUUUGCCGAGACCGAAAUGAAGGUUUUGUUAUGUUGUUUAUUGAGCAUGUACAAGUUUGAGCGUGAUGAGAGCGUGGAGAAUCCCGAAGACUUAAAGAUGUGGAGAUUGGUUUUGAGACCAAGAGAUGGUCUUCAAGUCAAGGUUACUGCCAUCUGA